CGGGAAGGCGGGAGUCCCGCCGAGUCUCUCGGGCACCCAGCACUCCAGGGGAAGGAGCGGCGAUGAGGGACACGGUUUCUGCCGACUGGAUUCGAACUGACGCUGGGGAAACCAUAGCAACCGCGGCAUUCCGGAAAUUAUGGGUCCCACGCAGCAGCAGGUGGAGAGCAGGCUCGGCGAGCUCCUGAAAUGCCGGCAUUCCGCGCCGACCCCGCAGCACCCGCGGGCACAGCCGCCAGGCCCCUGGCCUCUGUCGAGGAUGCUCCUCUUUAUUUUAGUGCCCCUCUCAACUGAGGAGGAACCCCGCGCGGCGGUGGGGCACCUGAGCCCAGGAUGGCGAGCAGGCCGGCGGGACCGCGAGUGCCUGGCGGAGUGGCACGUGCAGCCCAGGACUCCCGGCUCCCACCUCCUGCUCCCAGGGCCGAGGCUCGUGUUCAAUCGGGUGAAUGGCCGCCGGCCGCCUGCCAUGUCCCCGUCCCUCGAGGGAACCCAGGAGCCCUACACAUUGGCCCACGAGGAGAACGUCCGAUUUGUGUCAGAAGCCUGGCAGCAAGUGGAGCAGCAGCUGGGUGGUGGCCCGGCCGGUGAGAGCGGGCCGAGGCCUGUGCAGUACGUGGAGAGGACCCCCAACCCCCGGCUGCAGAACUUCGUGCCCAUUGACCUGGACGAGUGGUGGGCACAGCAGUUCCUGGCCAGGAUCACCAACUGCUCCUAGCCACAGCUUUGGAAGGAAGGCUGUCUUGUGCAGGGCCCGGCCCUGCCCCACGCUGGACCCUCUGCCAGGAGAGGACCACGGCGCCCUGUCCACCAGCUGUGGCAGGCCGUGCUUCACCCUGGGCCUGGCCAGGCGCCGGCCACACCUGAAGUGCCAGCAUUUGGACUUUUGCCCCUGCUGACCCUUUGGCCCAGCUGUUCCAGGCUGCCGGGGGCCAGGGGUUGAAACUGUCUGACCUCAGUCCUGCUCACUGUGCCCGGGGACCAGCCCGUGGGGCUGGCAGGGAGGAGCUCCAGGCUAAUAAAGUUGAGAAACUGC